UGGUCGGUUGUUGUUAUUUUUCAUCCUCAAUUUCGGGUCUUGUAAUUCUAUGCGUGCCUAGAGAACAAAAAUAUCAUGCGGAUAUUGUAAUUCUAGGCACGCGUUGGGCCCAAAAAUGGGGACCCGAACAGUAAACAAAGACUCAACUCGGAGUAGUAACCAGAAGCAGACCCCUAAAGUGAAACAAUUACUUGUACUUCAAACUCUUCGCUAUGCUCUCUAUACUGGUUUAGCCCCAUUCCCAGUUCUCCCCAAUUUCAAAAUCACUCCAUUAAUGAUGUCUUGAAUUUUGGAGGGAAACCAGACAAUGCACCCAAGAAAUAAUGCAGUUGCACACCAAUCUCCGACCCAAAUCAAUUUUCUUCUCCACCAAAAACCACAAAACCCUUCUCCCUCUCUUCAAUUUCUCUUCUCUCUCCAACCCCAUCUCUCACUCGCAACCCUCUUCUUCAUCUUCUCCAUGGUUCUCUAUCCUCCGCUCCGCCAUUGCCAAUACAGACUUGCCCCUCGGCAAGCGCGCCCACGCCCUUAUGUUAACCUCAGGGGAAUGCCAAGACCAUUUUCUAAUCAACAAUCUCAUCACCAUGUAUUCGAAAUGCAGGUCGCUCACGUAUGCACGCCACCUGUUCGAUAAAAGUCCUGACCGAGACCUGGUCACCUGGAAUGCCAUUCUAGCAGCCUAUGCGCAAGCUGGGGGCUCUGUGGUUGAGAAUGUUCAAGAGGGGCUUGGCCUUUUCCGGCGGCUUCGCGAGUCUGUUGUGUUCACCAGUCGGCACACUUUGGCUUCCGUUCUGAAGCUGUGUUUGCUGUCGGGGCGUGUUUGGAUUUCGGAGGCUGUUCAGGGGUACGCUGUGAAAGUUGGGUUGGAGUGGGAUGUGUUUGUUUCGGGUACUCUGGUGAAUGUGUAUUGUAAACUCAGAAGAGUUAAGGAGGCUCGGGCUUUGUUUGAUGGGAUGCUGGAAAGGGAUGUUGUGUUGUGGAACACAAUGCUGAAGGCAUAUGUGGAAAUGGGUCUUCAUGAAGAAGCACUUGCUCUUUUCUCCAAGUUUCACCGGAGUGGAUUGGGUCCUGAUGAUGUCAGUGUGCGUUGUGUUCUUAGUGGGAUUCACGAAGUUGAUUAUGAUGAAGGCAAGAGGCACAUGGAGGAGGUUCAAGCAUAUGCAGCAAAGCUGGGGGAGUUUAUAACUAAUGUGGAUGAUGAAGCCCAUCCACCAAGCUUAUGUGUUCCCACUACUAAUUCCGACAUAUUUUUGUGGAACAAGACAUUGUCCAAGUAUAUCCGAGCUGGUGAAAAUUGGGCUGCGAUAGAGUUCUUUAGAAAUAUGAUUAGAUCAAAAGUGGGAUAUGACAGUGUGACAUUAGUAAUUAUUCUAUCUGCGAUUGUAGGCACAAAUAAUUUGGAGGUGGGGAAACAGAUUCAUGGUGCUGCUUUGAAAUCAGAUUUUGGUUCUGUUCUUUUGGUAGCAAAUAGCCUUAUCAACAUGUAUUCAAAGGCUCGCUGUGUUCACUUUGCGAGAGCAGUAUUCAAUCACAUGAAAGAAGUGGACCUAGUUUCAUGGAACUCGAUGAUAUCAUGUUAUGCUCAAAGCAGUUCAGGAGAGGAAUCAAUAAAUCUAUUUAUAGGUUUAUUACGGGAUGGUCUAAGACCUGAUCAAUUUACAAUUGCAAGUAUUUUAAGGGCUUGCUCCUCUCUUCAAGAAGGGUUGCAUCUCAGUGAACAGGUUCAUGUUCAUGCAAUAAAGAACGGUAUUGCUGCUGACAGAUUUGUUUCAACAGCUCUUAUUGAUGUUUAUUCUAGAAGUGGAAAGAUGGACGAGGCAGAGGCCCUUUUAGAUAACAAAGUUAAAUUCGAUCUGGCAUCUUGGAAUGCGUUGAUGUUUGGUUACAUAAAGAGUAAUGACAGUCACAAAGCACUACAACUUAUGAGGAUGAUUCAUGAAGGUGGAAAGAGAGUAGAUGAGAUUACUCUGGCAACUGUUGCUAAGGCCACUAGUUGCCUGGUAGCGUUGGUGCCGGGGAAGCAAAUUCAUGCUCAUGUCAUAAAAACAGGGUAUUCAAAGGACUUAUAUGUUAACAGCAGUAUUCUAGAUAUGUACAUAAAAUGUGGAGACAUGAAAAGUGCACACACAGUUUUCAAUGACAUUCCUGCACCUGAUGAUGUUGCGUGGACAACUCUAAUCUCAGGAUGUUUAGAAAAUGGAGAUGAAGGGCGCUCUGUGUCUAUAUACCAUCAGAUGAGGCAGUCAGGAGUUCAGCCUGAUGAAUACACCUUAGCUACCUUAGUCAAAGCCGCCUCUUGUCUGACAGCAUUGGAACAAGGGAAACAGAUACAUGCAGAUGCAAUAAAGUUGGAAUAUUCCUCAGACCCUUAUGUUGCGACAUCACUUGUUGACAUGUACGCCAAGUGCGGUAACAUAGAAGGUGCAUAUCGUUUAUUCAGAAGGAUGGAUGUCGGGAGCAUUGUUCUGUGGAAUGCCAUGUUGGUGGGUUUAGCUCAACAUGGAGACGCUGAAGAAGCACUAAAUCUUUUCAGAGUCAUGAAAUCUAAUAACAUUUUGCCUGAUAGGGUUACUUUCAUUGGAGUUCUUUCUGCUUGCAGCCACUCUGGUUUAGUUUCUGAAGCUUACGAGCAUUUUUCUUCAAUGCAAAGAGAUUACGGCAUUGAACCUGAGAUCGAGCACUACUCUUGUCUAGUCGAUGCCCUUGGCCGCGCAAGGCGUGUUCAAGAGGCAGAAAAGCUGAUAGCAUCAAUGCCAUUUGAAGCUUCUGCUUCAAUGUACAGAGCCCUGCUUGGUGCUUGCAGGGUUCAAGGGGACACAGAAACAGGAAAACGAGUAGCAGAACAGCUCUUGGCUAUUGAGCCAACUGACUCAUCCGCGUAUGUUCUCAUAUCCAAUAUGAAUGCUGCUGCCAACCAGUGGGAUGCUGUGAACGAUGCUCGUCAAAUGAUGAAACAGAAGAAUGUAAAGAAAGAACCAGGUUUCAGUUGGAUGGAUGUGAAGAACAAGGUCCAUUUGUUUGUAGUAGAUGACAAAUCCCAUCCUGAAGCCGAUUUGAUAUACGACAAGUUGGAGGACUUGAUGAAACAGAUCGGUGAAGAAGGGUAUGUCCCUGACACAGAGUUUGUGCUUGCUGAUGUUGAAGAAGAGGAAAAAGAGCGAGCCCUAUAUUACCAUAGUGAGAGGCUAGCAAUAGCUUAUGGACUGAUAAGCACUCCCUCAUCUGCCAUUGUUCGGGUCAUUAAGAACCUUAGAGUUUGUGGAGACUGCCAUAAUGCAAUCAAAUACAUAUCAAAGGUUUCUCAAAGAGAAAUUGUGGUGAGAGAUGCAAAUCGCUUCCAUCGUUUCAGAAAUGGGAGCUGCUCCUGUGGUGAUUACUGGUAAACCCAGCCAUACAGGGUAGAGUCAACCUAAUUAAAGCAUCUUUUUAGUUCCUUUUGUUGUGAACAUUUUCAAUUCAUUCAAUAUUAGUUACUUUUAGUGGAUUAA